AUGUUGCGAUACAUGCAAAGCUCAGACCCCAACGGCGAUGACAAUGGCGGACUCGACGAGAGCCCCGAAACGUCUCCUCAGCUUGCUGCGCAACAGCCGACGCAACCGCCACUGCCACUGUCGACACGGCAGCAGCUUGCCGAGGCAGCCAUGAUCCCCGUUCCUGUCCCAGUACGCAGCGCGACUAUUGGCCACCAGGCCAGCGCACUCCCGACAGGUGCAGCUCCCAAGCAACAGCAGCAGGCUCAGAGGCAAUCCUCUCUCCGUCGGACAAGGUCACCGCCUCCUUCCUCCUCGGAGCAGACCCAGCAGCAGAUCUGGGAGGAGUCGAGCAUCAAUUCCAUGUUUGCGGAGAGCAUACCUGCAACUGCCCGAAAGCAACGAGUGAGCCGUGGCCGGUACGAAGAUAUUGUUCAGCAGCAACGCAUGCAGCAGCGCUUUGAGCACUUGGCAGAUGAGCCGACCGGCCCUCUUGUUGGAGACCGAGGAGGACUCAGAAAUGCGGCAGGAGAUGCGCCAGACCGGACGGAUGACCCCCACGAGAGGCCGCCGUAUGGGUCUCCUACAAGGCAGGCGCCGUACCUGAAACACCCAAGACAGCCACUGCGCGAUGGUAGGGUAGCAACAGGCCGGCCGUCGUUUGUUGAUCGGCCGUCCGGCGGGAACUACGAGGAUGUCAAGGGUGGGUCGCCGGAACGGCGACUCCGUCAGGGGCGGGAUAGCAAGUCCAAGGCUGUAGGAGGAGGGAGCAUGGCACCAGAGGCUGGCCUUCGUGAGCCUGUCUAUUUCCGCGAGGCAGAAAUGCCGCUGGCACGAACGCCGGGGAAGGCGGCGAGAUCAGAGGACGAAAGUGACGGACUGUCACCCGAUGACGAGGCUACGACGCAGCAGACUCCACGGCAACACUACUCUCCACCCCGGCGCCCACCACCGCUGCCACCGUCAGGAGUGCCGCUGACAAGAGGACUGCUGGAAAGCUCAGUCCCACGGACAGCUGGUGGAGGCGGGAGCCGGCGUGACAAGAAGACGGGCCGAAAGCGGCGGAACAGUCUGGACUACGACGACAGCAUGCUGCACCGGAUGAGCUACUCGGAUCUCAGGGUCGAGCCUUUCGACCAUGACCCGACGCGAGUGGCGGUGAAGCAAGCAGCGACUACGCCACCCAAGCUGUCACUGGAGGAGCGGCUUGUGCAGCACAAGAGAAAAGACGGCACCAGCCAGCACAUUUUCUUCACGGAGAUGUCGAUGAAGGAGUGGGACGAAUGCGGAGACUGGUUUCUCACACAAUUCUCGGAGCUGUCGAACAGGAUCCGGGAGAAGCGGCAGGCGAAGCGAAAGAAGGUGGCGGAGUUUGAGACGGAGAUUGCGGAACGGGAGGAAAUGGUGCGGGACAAAAUGGAGAGUAUAGAUCGCACUCUGGACACGCUGAAGCUCGAAGGAGAGGGGAUGAUGCGCGGGAAAGCGGCAGGAGUGUAG